UGAAUGCCCUUGACCUUCGAUCCCUCAGGCGGCACUGCAUCAAAAACUGACAUUAAUGUGUAAAGGAUGUCAUCACAUGGGCUACCGACCGUGCUACCAUGAAACAAAGCAAUCGAACAAAAAUAUCUGACCCCAGACAUUCUAAACAAAAUAUCCCAGUUCUAGAACAAAAAACUGUCCAGGUUGAAGUAUCAGUGAUUACUGAUUAGUCCCAAAAUGGCAAAAACAAGUAGUUUUUAUUUCAGUGUCUCAUAUUGUUUGCUGUCAUUCUGUUUACAAGUAUAUUUUCCUUGGAAAUGUACUUAUCAGUGUUUGGAAAGGCAAAGGAAGGUGGCUGCAUUAGUCAGCAGUGUUUGGACUGCGCCUGCGUUGCGGUCCUGAGGAAUGUGCAUUUUAGGACAUGGUCCGCAUCCAUAAACCUUUCAUGAACUUGUAAUACAAUGUGGUUCUCUGGUUGGCUGUACACUUAGAAGCAUUACAUUUGUUGUUAUUGUUGUUCCCCAAAGAGGCACUUCCACGUUAGCCUUUGGUUUCAUGAAUAUUUUGAGCUCCUUCCACCUGGUGUUGCUGGGACAUGCGUCAUCUUUCCAGGGAAAAGCAAUUAAAUGGCUCUUUCUUUCUUUUCCUGGAAUGUUAACGGCGGGACGAGUCCAUGGUUUCCUUGUGUUUAUCUGAAACAAGUGUGGAAGAACAACAUAUCAGGGCGUACGAGCACAUGGCCUUUGUGGUUUACAGGUAGCUGUCUGGGUCAAGUAAACAUAUUGGGUUACUGGUUUGGCUUGUCUUGACUAGCUUAGUUAGAUGGGAGCCAGACCAAAUGGCUCAGACUUCAUUUACAGUGGCACAGCUGAAGUCCAAGGUUUUGUUUUUUCAUUUUUCCUCACAUUGGAAAUAAUAUCAAUUAUUUCCGUUUAACGAAAAGAAAAAAAAAAACUUCACAAUUUAGCAUUGCUUGUUUGUCUACGAUACUUGCUUCCGUUUGGGGCUCGUUUGGUUAAAUUUCAUAGUUGGUGUUCCAAAAAUCACUGCUUCAAACCAAAAUUGUUGACUUCCUGCUCCAGUCUGGGCAACGCUCCCUGAGACCUUUUCAUGUGUCCUCUUAUUCUUAUGAUAGACAUGUUGAGCUAAUUUCGUGUUGAUCGGUCAGACAGGUGUCGGGGGCUACUUUUUUCUUUGUUCAUUGGUUUUGGGGGGUUUUGUUCAAGGCCCCUAAAAUCCAUUUUCAUCAAGACACGUAUCUUGAGACCCCCAAAACAUCCUUUCCUAAUUCUAUAUGUACAAUUGUCUUUGACGCAAAUCACUGACAUAGUAAGUCAUGACCGUCUUAUGUAUUAGGUGACCAAUAUAGUUCUCAUUAGGGCCCAAACAUCGGUCGAUGCAAAGGCCCUCUUGGAAUUAUUGUUUAUUACUAGUCUUCGGAAGAAGUAAUCGGCAGUUUUGGGGGCCUCACCAGAACCCAUACUCACCAAUCUUUUCAAGCUUGUGUAUCUUAGUGAAAGUGUAUUUACGGGGUCUCCAACAUGAUCCCCCAAAACGAACUCGAAACUUGAAAAAAUUUGCCUCAGGCAUAAUUUCAAUGAUCGACACCAAAUCCUAACAGAAUGCAUUGAAAAGUCUUUAAGACCCUUGCCCGAAAUUGAACAGAAAAUCGGCCAUUGUCGUUUGAAGCAGCCAUUUUCUACUUUGACGAAUUUGAUAAUCAUUUUGAGGAUUUGAAAAGUUAGGAAAAAAAUUGCCACCAAUUACCAUCAAAACUAAAUUGGGUGGACAUGUGUAUGAUAACAGGAACCACGGAAAAGGCUGAAGGGCCUUUGCCCAAAAUUGAUCGACGUUUGAUGAUUUUUUUCGGGGGGGGAAAUGCAUAUUGUACAUGAGAAAUUAACAGUAAUUGUGUAUUCUGAUUUGAUACAACACCUUUAUCUCAAUUUGGGUUUAUAUUCCUUUCGUCUUUUUAACACACUAGGACAAUAAAGACUAUUGUGAUUGUGAUUCUGACAUGAGAGGGAAUUUAGAUAAGUUUAGUUAUAUGUGCCCUGCGAUUGGCUGGCGACCAGUUCAGGGUGUACCCCGCCUCUUGCCCGAAGAUAGCUGGAAUAGGCUCCAGCAUGCCCGCGACCCUUGUGAGGAUAAGCGGUACAGAAAAUGGAUGGAUGGAUAGUUAGAACUGGAAAGAAAUAGACGAUUUAAGGAGGAGACAACGCCGCCUCGGAGCCUAUCAGGUGUCAGUUACCAUGGCGAUGCUAGCAAGCAUGUCGUGGGAGGGGAACACGUUUCCCCCCGGGGAGCCUCCUUCUCAGAGUAUCUUGUCCUAUAGAAAAGAGACGGGGUGUGGCCUGUGUUUGCCCAAAUCUUUCUGGGAAUGUGCACACACACCAGUCACACUCACAACUGCUUCCUGUUUUGUCAACCGGUUCGGUCUUCCCUCGCACCAGGUGGAACCAGCAAGCCAUAAAAGAGGAAAACUCAAUGAUUUAGGGGAGGUGAAAGGGCUGGGACGUGUGGUGUGUCCUGUGUCAGCGGCCAUGGGGACCGGUGGGGGAUGCCUCUGCUGAAAUAUACUCACCAGCGCGACCAGACCGACCGGGAUCACUCAAUCACGAUGGACGCGGGGUCGAAACCCGAGCCCCCAAACACUGCUGAGAAGUAGACAGCUGAAGAGGGUGAAAACAGCAGCAUGGAGGCACUCAGGGACUCUUUUUUGCAUCUGAAUUUUCAGAUGUCAUCAUACAAGAGAGCCACGCUGGACGAGGAAGACCUUGUGGACUCCGCCGGUGACGAUGUCUACCAGUCAACACCCAUGCAGGUGACUCUUCGACAGGGUCGCGGCUUCUCGUGCUGGUCCGAGAGAACGCCAAGGGAGAGGUGGCUUCUGUUUCUGGUGUGCGUGCUGUGUGGGGGCCUGUUUGUUUCGCUCAUCACAACUGCCGUCUUCUACCGGCAGACACAUCCAGGCAUUUGUCUGACAGAGCCGUGCAUUGCCGUGGCCAGUUCCGUUAUGUCGGCCCUGGACCGCUCCGUGGAUCCCUGCCACGACUUCUACAACUAUGCCUGCGGGGGCUGGGUAAAGCGCAACCCCCUCCCUGAAGGCAAGUCCCGCUGGGGCCCUUUCAGCACCCUGUGGGAGCACAACAUGCUCGUGAUGAAGCAAUUAUUAGAGAACACGACGAUUAAAGGUCUGAGUCAAGCCGAGGAGAAGGCCCAACGAUACUAUCAGGCCUGCAUGAACGAGGCAAAGAUCAAGGAGUUGGGAGCGAAGCCAUUGCAGGAACUUAUCACGCAGAUUGGAGGAUGGGCCCUGACCGGAACCUGGAGCAAAGACAACUUCCAGGAAGUCCUCCGUGCGGUGUCGGCAAACUACCGCACCUCGCCGUUCUUCACCGUGUUCGUCAGUACCGACUCCAAGAACUCCUCCAGUAACAUCAUCCAGGUGGAUCAGUCCAGCCUGGGACUCCCUUCACGGGAUUACUACCUCAACAAAACAGCCAAUGAAAAGUAUCUGACCGCAUACCAGAACUUCCUGGUGGAGUUAGGGGUCCUGCUGGGGGCCUCCGAGAAGACGUCUCGCCUGCUCAUGGGGGAGAUAGUGGACUUUGAAACGGCCCUGGCCAACAUCACGGUGCCCGUGGAGGAGAGACGGGACGAGGAGCUCAUCUACCAUAAGAUGGAGGCCAAAGACCUGAAGAGUCUGGCUCCUGCAGUGGACUGGAUACCUUACCUCAACGAGGUGUUCGCUCCUGUGCCGCUCACCGAGGCAGAGCCGGUGGUCGUCUACGCCAAAGAGUACCUCCAGAAAGUGUCGGACCUCAUAACAAACACCAAUAAAAGCCUUCUCAACAACUACAUGAUCAUGAAGGUGGUAAGGAAGAUGGUGUCCAUCUUGGACCAGAGGUUUCAGGAUGUCGAGCAGCGCUUCCUAGAGGUCAUGUACGGAACUAAAAAGAGCUGCUCUCCUCGCUGGAAACUGUGCGUCAGUGACACAGACAGCGGCCUGGGAUUCGCUCUGGGCGCCAUGUUCGUCAAGGCCACCUUCAACGAGGACAGCAAGGCCAUCGCCGAGAACAUGGUCGGAGACAUCAAAAGCGCGUUUGAGGACAGCCUGAAGUACGUGAGCUGGAUGGACGCUGACACAAAAAGGGCGGCUAAAGAGAAGGCGGAUGCAAUUUACAACAUGGUGGGCUAUCCGGAGUUCAUCAUGAACUCCACAAGGCUGGACAAAGUAUUCAAUGAUUUCGAGGUGGUGUCGGAUCUGUACUUCCAGAACGUCAUGCAGUACUACAACUUCUCCGCCAGGGUGACAGCUGACCAGUUGAGAAAAACUCCAAACAGAAACCAGUGGAGCAUGACCCCCCCAACUGUGAAUGCGUAUUACAACCCCACCAAGAACGAGAUGGUUUUGCCAGCGGGAAUCCUCCAAAUGCCGUUCUACAGCCGCCACUGGCCCAAAGCUCUUAACUUUGGUGGAAUCGGGGUCGUCAUGGGCCAUGAACUGACUCACGCUUUUGAUGACCAAGGGAGGGAAUAUGACAAAGAGGGCAACCUGCGCUCUUGGUGGAAGAACUCGUCUGUGGAGGCCUUCAAGAAGCAUUCGCAGUGCAUGGUGGAGCAGUACGGCAACUACAGCAUCAACCAGGAGCCCCUGAAUGGUCGCCACACGCUAGGAGAGAACAUCGCCGACAACGGUGGACUCAAGGCUGCCUAUGAGGCUUAUGUGAACUGGAUCGCAAAGAAUGGUGAGGAAGCCAAGCUGCCAGCCCUGGGAAUGACUAACCACCAGCUGUUUUUUGUGGGAUUUGCACAGGUGUGGUGCUCCGUGAGGACGCCCGAGAGUUCGCACGAGGGCGUCAUCACUGACCCGCACAGCCCGUCCAGAUUCCGAGUCAUCGGGACCGUCUCCAACUCGCACGAGUUCUCCAAGCACUUUGGCUGCAAAGCGAACGCGCCCAUGAACCCCAAACACAAGUGCGAGCUGUGGUAAUGCCUCGCAAUGGACGGUAGGGAGAAACGGGGAAACUGACUGUGGAGGCUCACUGGCUGGAAGAACCAAUAUGAACACCUCGAUCCCCGUCAGCCUUUGUCACAACUAAAUGUGCCUGCUUUGUGUGGAGGAUCUCCAAGACGUUUUUCUUUACUUUAAAGGAAACAUAUUAUGCUUUUUUUUUUCACAAUUCAAAACAGUUCCCCAGGUGUCUUCAUCACAUGUCUGUGACAUGCUUUUGGAAAAAUACCCCAAGGAUCAAAAGUUAAAUACACUUUACACACAUUUUCUUGUCUUGCUGAAAUUAGCCCAGUUUAAGGGGUUCGCCCUGCUCAUGCAAGUGAGUGACAAGUAUACCCUCAUAUACUGUACUGCUGGCCCAGUGGCGAGUCUGGCUUUUGUUACCAUGACAACCAGGGAUAGCGCUAGGGGCUUCUUGCAUUCUUAUACUUGAGGGAGCAGAGUCCAGAGUGUAGGGGGAGGAAAAAAACCAAAAGUAUUUUCACUCAUGGAGGCAGCACUUCAUACACUACACUGUGUGUAUGUGGCGCAUCAAAAACACAAAUACCCCUCCACCGCCACCGCAUCGACAAAAUCGCGGAGCAAUCAAGUAUGUGCCCCUUAUCGACAGCGAACAAUAAGCUGUCCAUUUGACUAAACUCAAUGCAGCUCUGCUUACCUUUUGGCUUUGACAUGAUAGCAGGGGCGUCACACCCAUGGGGUAUGUGGGUGUUUCUGCAUGGUAGUGUUUCAGGACAGUGCUUGAAAUUGGCUCUAAAAACUUCACCCUGCUUAGCUACCAUGUCAUGGACGUAAAAAUGUUGUGUGUGGUUGUUAUAUAAAUGAGCCUAACUGUGACACUUUGAGUUUCAGAGAGUGUAGUUGCUUGAAGGUGACUCUGGAUUUUCACCCUGAUCAUGUCAUGGUUGGAGGAACUCAUGUGGGGGCGGUUAUGAUGUAAAUUAGCCCAACUGUUGCAAACAGCAGACAUUUUCAGAAAUGGCAGAUAACAAAAUAUUUACUUGGUUGUUUCAUUUCACAUUUCGGUGGGCGGGCACUGCAGAGACCCAACUAUUUGUACACAAGCCAAUACAAAAGGCAAUUUUCCAUAAUAUGUCCCUUUUUUAGGACUGCUGAGCUGUAAAUGUGCUUUUUGUUUUUAGAACACUGGAACCAUAUCUUUAAAGUUGAGGGAACAACUCUCAUGUCUUCUAAAAUGUCGGUAUUACAGAAUGUCACAUUGAAUGGCACUCAUACUAAGCUGCUUUUUUGUCCCUGUCACUUUGCGCUAGGGUUUCCCAAACUUUUGGUUCCCUCCAAAGUUAACCAUAUAGCACCUAUUGCCACAACAUAGACAUUUAACAUACAUGAAUAUACUACAAUAAACACAAACUAGCAAGCCCUUUGACAAGAAAUGGUGUGAUUAAUGCUCAGUAACCUAAGUGUGGGAACCUUUCUCGAUAGUGUGCUUCCUUUCACUUCUACAGUGGUGCCUUGAGAUACGAGUGACCCGAAAUACGAGCAGUCAUUCGGCCAAUACUUUUAUUUAUUUUUUCGCUCGUGAGUGUAUACUUAAGGCACUAGCGCUGCAUGGUGACAGUGAUCUCAUUUCAAGUCACUUCACAAUUAGCAGCAGUUUAGAAAAUAGCGAACAAUUCUUCUUCUUCAAAAAAAAGUCUUGUCUCAAGCUGUUUAACGCCACUCCCAGUUGGUUUACUGUCAAACAAAACAUAAAACCAAGAAUGACACAUUGUGUAUUUAAAACAAGCUCAUAGCUUUUCAUUAAGAAAGUUAGCUUAAUGCUAACAAACAAUGCAAAACGCCAUGACAUGCUAAUAGUUAGCAACCAUAGUCAGGGUUUUAGAAGCAACGAAUAUUUGAAUACAAACAGUGGCGCAACACGUGUAGAUAGAUAAUAUAACAAAUACUAAAGGCAUAUAUUUUUUAUCCUCUACAAAAGAUGACUAAUAUUACAGCAUCUUACUUAGUUACUUCCUGUAGUAGUACAACCCCAAUUCCAAUGAAGUCGGGACGUUGUGUUAAACAUAAAUAAAAACAGAAUACAAUGAUUUGCAAAUCAUGUUCAACCUAUAAUUAAUUGAAUACACGACAAAGACAAGAUAUUUAAUGUUCAAACUGAUAAGCUUUGUUUUUAGCAAAUAAUCAUUAACUUAGAAUUUUAUGGCUGCAACACGUUCCAAAAAAGCUGGCACAGGGUGAUGUUUACCACGGUGUUACAUCACCUUUUCUUUUAACAACCUUCAAUAAACGUUUGGGAAUUGAGGACACUAAUUGUGGAAGCUUUGUAGGAGGAAUUCUUUCCCAUUCUUGCUUGAUGUACAGCUUCAGCUGUUCCAACAGUCCGGGGUCUCCGUUGUCGUAUUUUACGCUUCAUAAUGCGCCACACAUUUUUAAUGGGAGACAGGUCUGGACUGCAGGCAGGCCAGUCUAGUACACACACUCUUUUACUAAGAAGCCACGUUGUUGUAACACGUGCAGAAUGUGGUUUGGCAUUGGCAUUGCUGAAAUAAGCAGGGGCGUCCAUGAAAAAGACGUUGCUUGGAUGGCAGCAUAUGUUUCUCCAAAACCUGCAUGUACCUUUCAGCAUUAAUGGUGCCUUCACAGAUGUGUAAGUUAGCCAUGCCAUUGGCACUAACACAGCCCCAUACCAUCACAGAUGCUGGCUUUUCAACUUUGGGUCCAUAACAAUCCGGAGUGUUCUUUUCCUCUUUGGCCCGGAGGACACGACAUCCACAAUUUCCAAAAACAAUUUGAAAUGUGGACUCGUCGGACCACAGAACACUUUUCCACUUUGCGUCGGUCCAUCUUAGAUGAGCUCGGGCCCAGAGAAGCCGGCGGCCGUUUCUGGGUGUUGUUGAUAAAUGGCUUUUGCUUUGCAUAGUAGAGUUUCAAGUUGCACUUACGGAUGUAGCGCCGAACUGUAUUUACUAACAUUCGUUUUCUGAAGUGUUCCUGAGCCCAUGUGGUGAUAUCCUUUACACAUUGAUGUCAGUUUUUGAUGCAGUGCCGCCUGAGGGAUCGAAGGUCAAGGGCAUUCAAUGUUGGUUUUCGGCCUUGUCGCUUAAAUGCAGUGAUUUCUCCAGAUUCUCUGAACCUUUUGACGAUAUUAUGGACCGUAGAUGAUGAAAUCCCUAAAUUCCUUGCAAUUGUACAUUGAGGAACAUUGUCCUUAAACUUUUCAACUAUUUUCUCACGCACUUGUUCACAAAGAGGUGAACCUCGCCCCAUCUUUGCUUGUGAACGACUGAGCAAUCCAAUCGUGGCACCCACCUGUACCCAAUUAGCCUGUUCACCUGUGGGAUGUUGCAAACAGGUGUUUGAUGCGCAUUCCUCAACUUUCUCCGUCUUUUUUGCCACCUGCCUGUCCCAGCUUUUUUGGAAUGUGUUGCAGCCUUAAAAUUCUAAGUUAAUGAUUAUUUGCUAAAAACAAAGCUUAUCAUUUUGAACAUGAAAUAUCUUGUCUUUGUUGUGUAUUCAAUUAAAUAUAGGUUGAACAUAAUUUGCAAAUCAUUGUAUUCUGUUUUUAUUUAUGUUUAACACAACGUCCCAGCUUCAUUGGAAUUGGGGUUGUAGAAAUACAUUUCCUUUUCAUUUGUGUCUGCAUGACUGUAUUAUACUGCUUCCCAGUGGCUGAGGUGGGCACACCAGAAGGAGCAGCACAAUGAAUCGGAUUGGACAAACUGUUUAAUGAUUUACAUUCGACUUAACUAUGUUAUUACUAUUUCAUGAAGUAUAAUAUUAAAGAGUGCUGGUUUUCCUCAUUAAAAAACAAUUUUUGGGUUUAUGGUAGGCUACAACGGAAUAAUGGCAUUUCCAUUCAUAUCAGUGGGGAAAGAUUAUUUGAGAUACGGGUGUUUUGAGUUGGGAGUGUGGUCACGGAACAAAUUAAACUUGUAUCUGAAGGCACCACUGUGUUUUAUUUAUGUUACAUUUUUAUAUGACACUGAGUUGGGGACCAGUGUUUUUUUUUUUUUUUUUUUUUUUGGGCCGGUUGAAAUAUGAAAGUCCACUUAAAGAGGAUUUAAAAGCCAUAUACAGAAUGAAUAGAAUGUCUAAUACAAAUAUUGAGUGAAAAGCUGCACUGUUCGGGAGUGGGGUAGUACAACACCGUCAGGCUGUUAUAUAUUUUAUCAGGAGAAUGUUAAGCUGAAUUUUUGUAUUUCAUGACAAAGCCAAUUUUGGUCUGAUUUGAACGCAUACAGAAUAAAUAAGAAUGGCACUCACAACCAAAACAGACCAAUUGUACCACUUCUGAUUUUAUGUGUAAAAUUAUUUUGCUUAAUAAAAUGAUCAUAAACAUA